AUGGCGCGCCUCUGUGCUGCCGGCCUCAUCGCGUCGCUUGUCCAUGUGGCUACCGCGCAGACCACACUGCAGGGCAACGACUGCACCGCCGCAGGUGUAUACACGCUGUGCCAGAACCUCUGGGGAGCCAACACCGGUGUAGGCUCACAAACGACGACACUCAUUUCCACCAAUGGCGACUCCGCGUCGUGGUCAACGACUUACCAGUGGUCGCAAAGUCCGGACAAUGUCAAGAGCUAUCCUAACUUGUACCACAACACCGCGAAGGGCAUGCAGCUCCAGGACAUCGUGACUGCGCCCACAAACUGGCAGUGGUUCUACAAGUCCGCAGAUUCCGAUCUCCGCGCGGACGUUUCAUACGACCUUUGGACAGGUGUGCCCCAAGCAGGCGACCCAGCGUCCGCGGCGUCCUCUUAUGAGAUCAUGAUCUGGCUCUCCCAGCGUGGAGGCGUCGGCGGGAUCGGCAACGUCGUCGCACAGAACCUUCGCGUCGGUGGACACACCUGGACGCUCAAGCACGGCCCGAACUCGAACUGGGACGUGUUCUCGUUCAUCACUGCGGAGGGCGACAUCACCGACUUCCGCGCGGACCUCGCCGACUUCUUCCAGUAUCUUGUUGACCAGCAAGGUGUCGCGAAGACGCAGUUCGUGCAGGCGAUCCAGGUCGGCACAGAGCCGUUCACAGGUGCCGCGGAGCUCGUGACUACGAACUUUAGCGUCGACAUAUCC